GAACGAGCAGGAGUGAAAAUGAUCCUGAUCCAAGACGGUUCCCAAAACACCAACGUGGACAAACCCCUGCGGAUCAUCGGCGAGCCUUACAAAGUGCAACAAGCCUGUGAGAUGGUGCUGGACAUCCUGAGGGAGCGGGACCAGGGAGGAUUCGGAGACCGCUCGGAUUACGGCGCCCGCCUGGGCGGGGGGAUCGACGUGAGUGGGAGCCCGGAGUCACCCCGAAACUACCCUGGAGUCCCCCCGAAACUACCCUGGAGUCCCCCCGAAACUACCCUGGAGUCCCCCCGAAACUACCCUGGAGUCCCCCCGAAACUACCCUGGAGUCCCCCCGAAACUACCCUGGAGUCCCCCCGAAACUACCCUGGAGUCCCCCCGAAACUACCCUGGAGUCCCCCCGAAACUACCCUGGAGUCCCCCCGAAACUACCCUGGAGUCCCCCCGAAACUACCCUGGAGUCCCCCCGAAACUACCCUGGAGUCCCCCCGAAACUACCCUGGAGUCACCCCUGGAAUCGCCCCAAAAUUACCCUGA